AUGGUCGUGUCCUCAUCACUGUCCCAGCUCCAGGAAGUUGGCCAUGGGGUCGUCCUCAUCACUGUCCCAGCUCCAGGAAGUUGGCCAUGGGGGUCUCCUCAUCACUGUCCCAGCUUCCAGGAAGUUGGCCAUGGGGUCGUCCUCAUCACUUUCCAGCUCAAGGAGUUGGCCAUGGGGUCGUCCUAUCACUGUCCCAGCUCCAGGAAGUUGGCCAUGGGGUCGUCCUCAUCACUGUCCCAGCUCCAGGAAGUUGGCCAUGGGGUCGUCCUCAUCACUGUCCCAGCUCCGGAAGUUGCAUGGGGUCUCCUCAUCACUGUCCCAGCUCCAGGAAGUUUGGCCAUGGGGUCGUCCUCAUCACUGUCCAGCUCCAGGAAGUGGCCAUGGGGUCGUCCUCAUCACUGUCCCAGCUCAGGAAUGGCCAUGGGGUCGUCUUCCCUGGAGCGUUUCAUCCUGAAGGCCUCCAUCUCCUCCUCCACGUCAUUUGAAUCUACCAUCAUGCUCCAACUGUCUCUCAUGGUGUGCUUGCUAUCCACCACCAUCACUACCUCCCAGUCCCAGAUCCAGACUACACACCCCUUGUACAAGAAGGGCCACAACAUCACCAUCCAUUCCUCCCAGCUGGUGUGUAGUCUACCCGGACAUCAGGCCCGGUGGAACCCAGGGGCCCCUGGAUCUCAAGGGACUAUGGGUCCCAUGGUUACCCCAGGGAAGGAUGGCCUGGAUGGGGAGGAUGGAGAGAAGGGGAGAGUGGUGACAGAGGGAUGGAGAGAAGGGGAGAGUGGUGACAGAGGUAAGCAGGGAUGGAGAGAAGGGGAGAGUGGUGACAGAGGUGAACAGGGGAGGUCUGGGAACCCAGGUAAACCCGGGGUUAAAGGUCGUGAGGGCGUGGUGGGCAAGCAUGGACCCCGAGGGCUGAAGGGCGCGCGUGGGGCCCCAGGUCUGGCCGGGCUGGGGGGCACCAAGGGGGAGAUGGGGGAUGCAGGUGAGACAGGGGCUCCUGGGGGCUGUAACUGUGGCACCAACUCAGCCCGCUCCGCCUUCUCUGUUGCCAUGACCAAGAGUUACCCCAAAGAGCGUCUMCCAAUCCGGUUCAAACGUAUUCUACUCAACGAAGGGAACCACUACAAUGCCACGACUGGGAAGUUUGUCUGCUCUGUCCCUGGAGUCUACUACUUCACUUAUGACAUCACAUUGGCCAAUAAGCACUUGGCGAUCGGGCUGGUGCACAACGGGCAGUACAAGAUCAAGACGUUUGACGCCAACACUGGGAACAAUGAUGUGGCGUCCGGUUCCACGGUUCUCCGGUUAGAGCGUCAAGACCAGGUUUGGCUGCAGAUCUUCUACUCUGAACAGAAUGGUCUGUUCUAUGACCCGUUCUGGACAGAUAGUCUGUUUACCGGGUUCCUGAUCUAUGCAGACCAGGAGUAUCUGAACGAAGUGGACAGGAAAGCCAAUGAGGAUUCAUCACCUUCAUCCUGAUGGGAUGAACUACAAUGGCACCAGUUUUGCUUCCUUGCCCAUUUGGGUAGAAAAAUCUGUCUGUCAUCAUUGAAAKCAUAGCUCAGUCUAUUUAUACUCAGUUUGGGUCAAUGAUACAAUUCACUUUUUUUUUAGAGAACAUUUUAAUAGGCCUACUACUAUUAUCUUUGCAUAUUAUUGAAAAAGCUAUUCCCUAUAUUGACACCAGGUGGCACUGAAGUCGUCUGUUGCCCAGUAAAUACUCAUUGCUUAUUGUUUAUGAACAGAAUUGCAUUGCAUGUUAUGACUUAUUGGAUUGUUAAUGGUGGAGGGAAAUGAGGGAAAGGAUUUUAUUUUCACAUUCAAUCAUUUUUGGUGCUGUUUAUAUUCAGCAAUAAGGAGAUGUUUCUACCUGCAACUAACCCCUCUCUGUCUAAAUUACAUGAGAAUGCACUGUUAGUGUUACAUGUUAUUAAAAAUAGUUUAUUUUGUGUUAUAAAUCAUAUUAUAGUAAAUUUUACAAUGUGUUAAAGGAA